AACGAAGGACCCAGGGUCACGAGGCCGUUGGGGGCGGAGCCAGGGGCCGGGGAGGUUCUCGUCUGUUCGGCCUCGCGGCAGCCGCCCCCUUCUACGCGGUCACCGUGAGCCAGCGCUUGGGCCUGGGAUCACGUCGCAGCCAAGUCCGACGCCACUCACUGCCGCCCCCCGCCUCCCGAGCAUGGACCCCCGCAAAGUGAACGAGCUUCGGGCCUUCGUGAAAAUGUGUAAGCAGGAUCCGAGCGUCCUGCACACCGAGGAGAUGCGCUUCCUGAGGGAGUGGGUGGAGAGCAUGGGUGGUAAAGUACCACCUGCUCCUCAUAAAGCUAAAUCAGAAGAAAAUAUCAGGGAAGAAAAAACAGAUGGUGAGAAGACGGAGGAAAACAUAAAGACAGAGGACCCAUCAAGUGAGGAAAGUGACCUAGAAAUUGACAAUGAAGGUGUAAUUGAACCAGACACAGAUGCACCCCAAGAAAUGGGGGAUGAAAAUGUAGAGAUAACCGAAGAGAUGAUGGAUCAAGCAAAUGAAAAGAAAGGAGCUGCCAUUGAAGCCCUAAAUGAUGGUGAAUUACAAAAAGCCAUUGAUUUGUUCACAGAUGCCAUCAAGCUAAAUCCUCGCUUGGCCAUUCUCUAUGCCAAAAGAGCCAGUGUCUUCAUCAAAUUACAGAAGCCAAAUGCUGCCAUUCGAGACUGUGAUAGAGCCAUUGAAAUAAAUCCUGAUUCAGCUCAGCCUUACAAGUGGCGAGGGAAAGCCCAUAGACUUCUGGGCCAUUGGGAAGAAGCAGCCCAUGAUCUUGCCCUUGCCUGUAAACUGGAUUAUGAUGAGGAUGCUAGUGCAAUGCUGAAGGAAGUUCAACCAAGGGCCCAGAAAAUUGCCGAACAUCGGAGAAAAUACGAGCGAAAACGUGAAGAACGAGAGAUUAAAGAAAGAAUAGAAAGGGUUAAGAAGGCUCGAGAAGAGCAUGAGAGAGCCCAGAGGGAAGAAGAAGCCAGACGACAAUCAGGAGCUCAGUAUGGCUCUUUUCCAGGAGGAUUUCCCGGGGGAAUGCCUGGGAAUUUUCCCGGAGGAAUGCCUGGAAUGGGAGCAGGCAUGCCUGGAAUGGCAGGAAUGCCAGGACUCAAUGAAAUUCUUAGUGAUCCAGAGGUUCUUGCAGCCAUGCAGGAUCCAGAAGUUAUGGUGGCCUUCCAGGAUGUGGCCCAGAACCCAGCAAAUAUGUCAAAGUACCAGAGCAACCCAAAGGUUAUGAAUCUCAUCAGUAAAUUAUCAGCCAAAUUUGGAGGUCAAGCAUAAUGCCCAUCUGACAAAACCAUUGCUGAAGGAAAAAGAACCUAGGUCACUUAAUGGAUGUCGCAAUAAUACAAACCAGUGUACCUCUGACCUCAUUGGGAGAGCUGGGGUGCUUUGAAGAUAAUCCCUUCCCCUCUGCACCAAAUGCAGCUGACGCAUUGUACAGUGGUUUACCAUUAGGGUAUUCAUUCAGAUAAUGUUUUCCUACUAAGAGUUACAAACUUUAAAUACUUUUUAAACCUUGAAAAUAUUUAAAACAAAUUGGAAGGGUAUUAAUUCCUCCAUAUUAUUUGCUAAUCAUUUUGAAUUUUUUUCUUUGAAUUAUCAGGCAAGUAAGAUUUAUUGCUCUAGUGUGAGUGAAAUAAGGAUUUAUUAGUGGGAAGCAA